AUGAGAAAAAUUCAAUUGCUUGAGAAUCAAGACGAUGACUCAGUCACAUCAGAAAGCUCUACGAAUUCAGCAUUUACAGUAAGGAUGGUGAGAUAUAAAGAAUGCCAGAAGAAUCACGCCGCGCGUGUUGGAGGACAUGCAGUAGAUGGGUGCAGGGAGUUUAUGCCAAGUGGUGAAGAAGGAACAAGCAGCGCAUUUAUUUGCGCUGCUUGUGGCUGUCACCGCAAUUUCCACCGAAGAGAGGUGGAAACUGAAGUUGCCUCUUGUGAGCUUUUCUAG